AUAGAGCUAGGAUAUUUCUGUAAGCAAGCCAGUAAAUACACUUCUGUUCAACAGCUUCCAGCCUAGCUGUUACUAUUGUGUUUAUUUCUAGUAACAAAACCCUCUGUUUCCAGUCUGCUGUUGAUCUUGGAGAGUUAUUUUGCAGGAAACUGGAGAUUGCUUUCAGACUUCUCUCUCCUGGGCUCCCCCCAUUACAACUCCUCCUCACAGGAGGUGCUCAUUAAUAAGAUGAAAAUUCCUGGCAUGUCACAAGAGAGUGGAGAUUUUUGGCAGACAGGAGUUUUCUCAGCUGCUAACUUACCUAUUUGCAGCAUAAGUCAAAAGGCUCUCAGAGGGGAGAAGUUGCCUUGGGUCACACAACUGAACUGUAGCCUGCUUGCUUUUUCUGGAUACAGCACUUUGGGUUGAAGGAACUACAAAACCAAGGAUAAGAAUGCUGUGCAUACAUACUUUCUAAUCAUCUUGGAUCAAUAUCUGCCAGUGAAAGGGCUAUGGCAGACCCAACGCUUGCAGACUCUUGCUCUAAACCCCUUGACCUAUGCCAGGAAUGUGGUCAGGCCCAUCCAAGCAUAGAGAAUCACAUAUACAACUUCCAGCAUGAGGUGGAUGAUGAACUUGUCUGUCAUAUCUGUCUUCAGCCUCUGCUGCAACCCAUGGACACCCCUUGUGGACACACGUACUGCUAUAGAUGCCUAAAGAAUUUCCUACAAGAAAAGGACUUCUGCCCUAUGGACCGCAAGAAGCUUUGCUUUCAGGACUGCCACAGGUCUAGCUUGUUGGUAAGGAACUUGCUGGAUAAACUAAGCGUGAGUUGUCCCUUAGUGACCGAGUGCAAGCAAGUCAUGCAGCGUUGCGAGCUGGAGGCCCAUCUAAAGAACAGAUGCCAAGGCUUUAGGAAGAGCAGGCCAGUGAAAGAGAAGCCUAAUUCCACACUCGGCUUGAGGAAGAAUGCCCAGGAAGAACAAGAGGACCAGCUCCAGGCAUCAAAUAUCUCCUCUGUUUUAGCAGAAUCUUCUCUGGCUGCUGUGGUCUCUCUUGGCACAUCUGAGCCUGGCCUGGUCAAUCCAGCAUUUGAUGAACAAGAUGACGAUGAUGGUGAUGAUCACCCUCAUAGGACAAGCCUGGUUGCAGAGACAAGCACAGUGGAGAUCCAUCGUGUGGAUCCUGAGAACCCCCUUGGAAUGAGGAUUGUAGGGGGUAAGGAUACCCCGCUUGGAAACAUUGUGGUCCAGGAAAUUCUGACAGAUUCCUUGGUGGCUGUAGAUGGGAAAGUGACACCUGGGGACCAUAUUCUGGAGGUGAAUGGCACAAAUAUAAGCAAUGUGACCCACGGGCAAGCUAUAGCCUUGCUUCGACAACCCUGCUCUGUCCUUCAGCUCACUUUGCUUCAGGAGAAAGGCUUCUCACCACAGUCCUCACGGGCAGAGAACAGCACUGGGGGCACUACCCAUUCCAGCAAAGUCAUCCAGGUCACGCUAACUAAAAGGGAACGAUCGGAACCACUGGGCAUAAAGCUUGUCAGAAAGACAGAGGAGCCUGGGAUCUUUGUUCUCGACUUAUUAGAUGGUGGUCUGGCUUCCAAAGAUGGGAGGUUAAAGUGUAAUGAUAGGGUGCUCUCUAUCAAUGGUCAGAAUCUGAAACAUGGAACUCCUGAAACAGCAGCACAGAUUAUCCAGUCAAGCGAGGCACGCGUGAAUUUUAUGGUGCUGCGACACGCUGUCGAUCAGUCAGUGGAUACCAAUGAAGAGAGUUCCUCGUCUGGUAGCAGUAAUGGAGAUAGUCCAGUUCACCCCCGCAAGAGGCCAAGUGUACGCCCAAACAGAAGAAAAUCCACACACCACAAGGAUGUCACUUCAGCUGUCCUAGACCAUGAGAAAACGGUUAAUGUGAAAAAAGAACAACUCGAAUCUUUGGGAAUCACCAUCGGAGGAGGCAGAGAUCAUAAGAACAAGCUGCCUAUAUAUGUGUCUAGCAUUCAGCCUGUUGGGUGCCUGUACAGGGACAGGAGAAUCAAAAAAGGGGAUAUACUCCUGAGCAUUAAUGGCACUGACCUGACCUCUCUAAGUUACUCGGAUGCCAUAUCUGCGCUCAAGACAAAUGCAGCGUCCCACACAGUUGUACUGAAAGCUCUGGAGGUUACAGUGGGAGAGCGGUUAGAUGAGCCUGUUGAGUAUGCUGCUGGAGUGACGAGAGAGCCUGGUGGGAUCUGGUCACCUCUCUGGGUAUUUUGGCUUGCUCUUCCAAGCUCACUGCAUUGGUGCCGACAUAUUACUUUACGGAAAACUUCCUCGGAAAGCUGGGGGUUCAGCAUCGUUGGAGGAUUAGAGGAGGGCAAAGGGGACCAGCCAUUCUUCAUCAAGACUAUCGUCCCAGGCACGCCUGCUUUCCAUGAUAAACGCUUAAAAUGCGGAGAUGAGAUAGUUGAAGUGAACGGCGUGUCUGCGGUGGGAAUGAGCAAUGCACAGCUCAUCCCUAUGCUGAAAGAACAGAAAAACAGGGUCACCCUGACAGUUGUGUCUUGGCCCGGGAGCUUAGUGUGAUACUUGCAAGCCAAAGCCAACAUUAUGAACUCUGAGCCAUUCCUGAUAUAGAUGCUCAAAUCACCACAAGAUUCCCCCCCUCUUCAGUUUUUUCUUGUGUUGUGCCUUGGUGACUUUAAUUAUUCCUUUUGGAGCGAAUCAAAGAUGAUCCGAAUCAGGAAUUUUCACACCCAAAAGACAAGCGCAUCAUCAAAGUCAACAUGUUAUAAAUGUUUAGUCCUACAGGUAAAGCCAAUGUUGCAUUUUUACUAAAAGUGGAAUAAUUUUGGGAAGGCAUAAAAAAACCUUUACCCCCAUAUGUAAUAAAAGGCACUAAGUUUGUUCAUGAGCAGUUACCCAUGGCAACCAAUAAGAUGCUUGCAUUUAAACAGGUGACUAGUAUAUGCAACCUGCUGAUUGGCUGCUAUGAGUUCUUGGCAAAACUUAGUGCCUUUUAUUACAUAACCCCAUUAGUUUAUACAUAUAUUUCAACCUCAACUUUUAACCUAGGUGGGACUGAAUGAGAGGGUUUUGUCUGAUUGGCCAAGUCUAUUGUUUAAACGGCCCUAUACAUUAUGUCAUUAAAAGCCCAUGGAAACCAUUAGGAUGGAGCCUUUUAUAUACAAAGGAGUAUAAAGUCAUGCUGCAUUCAUACAUAUGAUAAAGAUCCUAUGGGAUAAAUGGUGAAGGAGUGCAAAAAGAAAUUGUGGUCUUUAACUAGAUGGGUAAUGGAUAGUACAGAUUAUGUACAGUUUGGAAAGGUCUAUUGUCAUGUGAGGUGUCAGAUGAUGUGCUCAGUGCUGUGCUACAGAAAUUUCAUCCCUUAUGGGAAAUGCUGUCCAAAUUAUGCACAGUGGGCCAAGUAUCUAAUCUAAUAAACCAAAAUGACCUGUGGCAAAUUAUAUAAAAUAAUAAUCGUCUCCCCAGGACCAUGACAAUCCUUUGGGGGGCUGCCUCUCACUGGAAAGCACUUUAGUGAAAGGACAUACAGACCAUGCUGAUUAACACCGAUCUCUCAGGCAAAAUCUUAUGACUGACAAGUAUGAUGGCACAUGGCCAGUUUUGUGCCAGAAAAUGCCCAGUCUGUGCCAUUCUCAUUGUCUACAAUGGGAAGUGAUUGUUGGCAGCAGUAGGAUUUUCCCAGUGUCAAUCAAAAAGUCUUGACUGCAAUUGCACUUAAACCCACAGUCCAUAAAGCCAAUGGUAAACUCCUUGUGUCAGUGCACUAAAGUCUAAUUGGUUUCAGGGGUUAAAUGAAGUAAGCUGUCAGACUGCAUUUUAUCAGGCUGCAAUAAAGUCUAAUCAUCUGUACCAGUUUAACUGUUAUUCCCUUUGCACAAUUCACCCUUUUUUUUUCCUGUUCCGCUCACCAUAAGCAAUUUCAAUUUAAUUUUCACAUUCAGCCUGUAUUAAAUGUAGAUAUUUGUGUUUGAUCUUGUACCUUUAAUGUCCAAACAGAUUCAGCCUGUUUUACAAUAAACAAUCUAUAUUUUCUUGUA